AAUUUUAGGUGAAUACUAACCAGAUAGUGGUAAUGUUUAGAUUUAUAUUGGGAUGGGAUGAUUGAAUUGAAGGUAUUGGUUUUAUUAAUUUAAAUGAUAAUUUGAAGCUAUUGUAAAAAAUUUAAUAUAUUUAUGAAUACAAGUGAAUUGGUGGAGUAUCAAUAAAAAGUAGAGGCAUACAUAAAGGAGCACAAAAUGACUGACUUAUUUGAAAAUCUGACACGAUUGCUUGUUCUCUCAAAACCCUAGGAUCCUUUGACAUUCUUAAUAGAUGUGCUUGAAAAUAGAAGAGUGCAACGGCUUAUCCUAGUAGCAGGUGUAGUUGCUACAACAAGACAAGAAAUUGUAGUAUCCCUUGCUAAUUUGUUUAAUUACAAAGUAAUUACAGUAGAAGAUCACUUUAAAUCUCAUUGGGUGAAUGAUGAUAAAGUAAAUGAAUUCAUUCAUGCAGAAUUGAAAAAAAUAGAAAAGCAUUUCAGAGGAGUUAUAAUAUCUGGAUAUCCCAAUAAUAUCAAAUAGGCAUAUUAUUUAUAAUCGUUAGGUAUCAUACAAGAAAGGUAAAUAAAAAAUACAUUUUAGGUUCUUCUAUUUAGAGAGUGAUCUAGAUUUCUGCAGAUAAUAUUAUGAAUAGAUAUCUUCAUCAUAAGAGGAAGUCAAUAAGGCUUUGACUAGAGAUAGAUUAAAUAAGAAGGAUUUAGAGUAUAUCUAUGGAUCUUAUAUGGACAUAUUUAAUACAUCAAAAAGAACUAAAGAAGACAUCAUUGAAAAUAUCAAAUAGAUUAUUCGUUUAAGAGAUAGAAAGUUUCCUCCUCUUCGAUUUCCAAGAGUAGCAAUUGUGAGACCACCAGGUUUAAAAGAAAGAGCUAAUCAAUUAGCAUAAAUCUUUAGUAAAAGAUAUGGCCUUGUACAGCUUAUUACUUUUGAUAUCAUACAAUAAUAAAUUCAAAAUAAAGGAGCAUUAGGUCCACUUAUUUAUAACACUCUUUAAAAAGAAGAAGAAAUACCAAAUGAUAUUAUGAACAGUAUUGUUUAUACUGAAGUACUUUCCACUGAGGCUAGGACUAAAGGAUGGGUCUUAGAAGGUUUUCCAAAAAAUGAAGCUUAAUUGAAAUUCUUAGAAGCAUAGCAUGUUAAUUUAUUUGUUAUUUUGAAUGAAGAUGAAGAUGUAUUAAUUAACAAGUCUAAACAACUCAAAAUAGAUCCUGUCACUAAAAUAAAAUAUGAGAAAGUCCCAUUGAAUAACAAACCCUUAUUGGAUAGAUUGUAAAACUAUCAAGUAAUUUAAUUCAUUGAUUUAUAAAUUUUAGAUUCAUAAUGAGUAAUUACUCAAGUCAAGAAUUACAAAAUAUUAAGCAUUUGUCAAAUCGAUUGAAUAGAAGUUUGGCGAACGUGUUUAAGUCUUUAAAUUAGAGAAAGAUUCCACUGAGAAUAUUAUUAGAGUUACAGAUGUUUUCUUGAAUAACCCAAAAAUUUAUAAUUGAUAGAUUAAAUUUAUUUG